CACUUCAGCAGGAGUCAGCCUCGUGUGGCAUUAGAGGAACUACACAGGGUUCAGUUUUCAGUCCUAAAGGUUGCCACGUGGGUUUUCCCUUUAACAAAGCUAAGAGUAAUAAGUUAACAUACAUGACUCGUGAAAUGCUGCUCUUUUGGCCCUUAUAGAUAGUCAUCAUCUGUUGAUUAAAAUAGUUAUGCGUUUCCUUGUUGAGUGUAGAGACUGAACCACUGGUGCUAUCUCAUACUUAUAUAUAUUUUUUAUUUCUUUAUGAAAUGCUUCCUGAAGCGUAUCGUUCUUCUUCCUCUUCUCUCUUCUUCCUCCUCUAUUAUUAGCCCAUCUGUCCUUCCUCUAUCACGACAGAACAGGCGUCCAGUCAUUUUUUUCUUUUUUAAAAAUGGCAUUCUCACUUCUCAUCAUGUUUGCCAGGCCACUCUGAAAAGGGUGCGCUAUGACCACGAGAGUACACCAAUCCCACCCUCUACAAUAACAUCACGUUGUCAGCCUGAACUGGGCUGAGCUGUGUGGCCUUGCUCCCCAGGAGACAUGUGGUCAUGUUUCACUGGAACCUGACGUGGUGGGGUUUGGUUUUUUUUUGCUUGUUUUGAGUGUCUGUGUCUGUGCACUCAAAGUGAAUAUCUGUCCUCCUAUUUUUGCCUGGCACCGCCUUUCCCUGACCUCUGUGUGGACACUCUCUCUGAACUGACUGGUCAUUAUCGCUCACUUGGAAAACUCCAGCCAUUGUAUCACACUGGAGAAAAUAUGCGUGUUGGAGAAAAUGGGCAAGGCUCAUCCUCAUGACAACUUAACACAGCGAAGACUUCUUUGAAGCGUCAAAAUUUCCAUGUUGCAGGGUUACCAUUUGUCCAGAAUAUUAACAGACACCUAAAGUCUGCAUAAGAAUAGAAUAGAAAGACUCUCAGAGCCAUGUCUUUCCUCUGUGUGGACACUAUCUCUGAACUGAGUGGUCGUUAUCACUCAGUUGGAAAACUCCAGCUAUUGUACUCACAGUGGAGUACAUGCACACACCAAAAAAAAACCCUGCACUCUACCCCGAUCCUGCCUUGUCCAUCUCCGUCCAGCCCUAGGCUCCUCUGUGCUGCUCACACAGUCUGAUUGAAUUAACCUCGCUUGGUGCCGUUAUCUAUUGAAUUAGCCCGUCAUUGCUUCCCUGGACACUGCAGCUGUAUGUUCCUCCCUGGGCUAGUUCACUAACAAGCUGCACGAGGUGAGUCAUUCAUGUCCCUUAGCUGUCGCCGUCUUUGCACUGCUACACAGGGGUCAACAGAUGGAAAGUGACGUUGUUUUUUGGACUGUAUCGGCUUUCUUUCACCGUGACCAUUAUGACUCACUUGGUGCUUCCUCUUUGUGCUGCCUACAUAUGUGUGUCAGAUCGCAUUAUUCAGACAUCUGAAUGCUGCUGACAUGUCUUUAGCAGAUGUUGUGCUGGAAGGUAACAAGUGGCACAUCCUGAAGCCUGCUGGUCUGAGGGUUGAUUGUUUUAAGACUGAAUAUUUAUUUCUUAAAAAUAAGAACCAAUUUCAGAGUAAAACCGGUAAAAAGUCAUCCAUACAUUUAUUUUCUGUUAGUAUUGCAACUCUCUCUCCUCCCUGGUAUGGACAAAAGUCAGUCGUUCGCCUCAAAACGGUUCAAAAAAGUUUUUACUGACAACAUCACAUCGCCCCAGCCUAGUCGCUUCUCUCCGUUAACUUCCUUUGCAGAGUCUGGUGCUGCGAAGCAGGUCCAAAACAACUCCUGUGGACGCUACCAUCCAAACAUCACCUUCUUAAACACACACAGAAAUAGAGACCCAAGUGAAAUGAAGAUAACAUAAUACCAUAAAUAAAUUUUUUUGAUUUAAUUUCAUAUUGGCAGUGCAAAUUAUCUUAAGAUGGCAAAACAAUAGGAUUUAUUGCAGUUUUUGUGACAAUAUACAGUCCAAAAAAUAGUUAUUGCUAUGAGUCCCUUUAAUGUGAAAGAAAAGACAGAAAAAGUAUGGCCAUAGUUACACAACAUUAAAGAAUUCAGCGCGUCACAAAAGCAUUGAGCUAAGAUACAGUCUAAUGUAACCUUUGGAGAAACUACAACCAAACUUAUAGACCAGAUACAGUUUACAUCAAAAGGAGGAAAUUUGAGCUUUAGAGCUUCUACUUUAACAUAAUGACAAUUGUAUUUAAACAGUGUGCCUUAAAACUAAGCGCACAGUGAGAGGAAACUAAAGGUCGCUGCUCUCCUAGUUUUGUGUUACUGAAAAUGAGAAGAUAGUGGUCGUUCUAAUCUCUUAAAAUUCUCUUCGUCACUGAACAAUCUCUGCUCGGAUCAGAAACUUGUUCAAGAAAACCAAAGCAGCCACCAGAUGUCUUGCAGUCCAACGCUUGUCUCUGCUGCCUUGUUAUGUAGCCGCAUUUUUAAGGAGGUACACAUCAAAAGCAGCGCAGUGAAUCAAGCUUUAUUUGUAACAUGACUCCAUUUUAUUGGCAUCUCUGCCCAAAAUUGGGGAUAACAGGAGAGUAUAUGCAAAGUAGGAGAACUUAAACAGCCUCCCUCUGGCUCAGUUACACAAUCACUUCACCAUCUCACUGAUAAUCACUUGAUAGUGAGGAACAGCACAAACACAGCAAUGCACGAUUACUCAAACACUUCAGCCUUUUUUUAGCAACAGCAGAUCAUCUGCUGGAAAUAAAGCAAACGUUUAGUCUGUUUUUUUGUUUGUGUGUUUGUUUUUACAGCUGCAGGUGUGGAUUACGUGCAUAUAUGUAUACAACGAGGUGGAGACGCAAAUGUAGACGUGGAGGAUUGUGUCGUGUUAAAGUGACGUCUUGGCAUCAAUGAGCUUUCUCCUCGUCUUCAUCAGUCACUCUGGAUUAAGAGGGGUCACAGCCUUAGAAUAACAGCCGCCACCCAGAAGGCUCAUAUUUGCUCAUAAAGACAAGAGUCUCUGCUUUAAAAAGUCAACACUUCCUUUCAAAGAUGGUCUUUGGUGAUAUUAAGAGCAGCGCUGCGUGAUUAGUGGUAAAGUUAUAAAUGUCUUUAUUUUGGUUUACAGCCUUUUUACUUGCUGUUUUUAAUGAUAUCGCAUAGAACUCACAGAUGUGACUGCUUUAACUUUUAUUGUGCUUGAGGUGUUAUGCAGUUAUUUUUUAGAUUGUAUAGAUUUAUCCAACCACUUCACAAACACUCGGGAUUAUCAUAGUAUGGCCUGCUAGUCUUUAUUAGCCCUUGGUAAUGUUUCAUGUGGUCCUCAGGCAUGACAAAGAAGAAAAUGACAUUGCUGUACAUUUUAAUAAUCCACAGUUCAUGUCAAGCAAUGAAAUGCCAGCACAGAAUAUCGUAACAGUGUAUUUUUCUUCAGUUUUAACUUAUUUUUAUAAAAAAUGAAUCAUAACAGACUAAAGCUUACUGACAAAUGCAGUCAAAGUCCCUCUUUUCCAAUUAAAGGAAGCAAUUAUAUUAAAUUUAGACAGAGAUGAGUCAACUUUAUGUGGACACACAGACAAAUUGCAAAAUCACAGAUAAUUAGUCCCGUCUGCACUCAGGUUCUCCCAAUAUGACAAAAAAAAAACAUUUUUACACGCUUCCCUAAAUAGAAAUCAUAGAAUCCAGUUAAAACACUUCAUCGUUAGUCAUCAUUAAAGGCCCGUCACUGCUGACCUCAUGACUUUGGUUGUUGUGAUUGCUAUCAGUGACUGCUUACAGAAGGGCACCUAAUGAGCUGCAUUCAUUUUUGCUGUGGCAAAGUGAUGUCAGCAUGCUAAUAGCAUACUCUUGCCUUUCUGUGUUCUUGCAUCCUGUUUUUCACUCACUCUGUUAUAAGCUAGAUGCAAAUGAUUUAUUAAACAGGAAAGAUUUUAAGUUUUAAAGAGUAAUAUGUCCACUUAGUUUGGAUUGCUCCAACUAAGAAGUGAAAGGCAGUUCUACUCCUUGGUCUUAUGCAGUUUUGAUCACAGGUUUAAAUAUGAAUGUCAUGAUAAUUUUGUGCUUUUCUUUGAACUGUUCUUUUUCAGGUGCGGAAUGAUUGUACAGCAUAGAUCUUUAAUAACUUAACUAAAAAAUAAGUAUUGGGUGCACAAGUUUGAAUUUAUCUUGCAUUUUCUCUAAUCCACACAGGGUCAAAACUAUACAUUCAGGCUCAAAUACAUUAGUGUACCUUCACUUAUGUUUGGUUAAAUGACCCUUAGCAAGUAGUACCAUGACCAAUCUCAUUUGUUUGUGGCAUAAUUCUGGCUGAAUAUUUGACCACUUUUCCAGGCAGAAUCAGUAGAGUUCAUUCAAACUCAUCCAACCUCCACCCUGUUGGUUUCAACAGCUUUGGGAACGCCGUUCCAGGCGCUUAAUGUUAGCCUGCUUUAUCCAUUCAAAACCAGUUUUGAUGUGUUUGGGACCAUUGUGGUGUUGGGACACCCAGCUAUGUCCAAGUUUCAACUAUCUAGAUGUUGAUUUGAGGUGAAGUUCUUCUCCAUUCUUAUCCCAUUCACUUUGUGUGAUGUGCCCCUAGAACCGCUGGCAGCAAAGCGGCCUCUGAGCAUGAUGCUACCACAACCAUGCUUGAUGGUUGGGACAGUGCUAUUAGGUUUGAAAGUGUCACCUCUAUUUCAAAUAUAGCUCUUGUCAUUUUGGCAAAAUAGCUCAAUUCUUGUUGCAUCCUUGACCACAAAACACCCUCUCAGUCCAUGGUGAUGGAAAACUGAUUUCACUGUGCACAGUAACGUUGGUGUUGCAGCAGUUUCCAGUUCAUGGCAGGCUUGGGCUUUGGGCAAACCCGAGUGGUUCCUGAACAUCCUUGCAGAUCGUGGCUUCUUCCGGGUCUUGGCAAAGUGGUGACACCUCUGAAUAACUUACAUACACUUGUUUGAACUGAUGAUCUUGGAAUCUGCAAUUGUUUAGAAAGGGCUCCAAGUUACUUUCUCAACUUGUGUAAAUCUACAAUUCUCCUCCUUAGAUCUUUACUGAGUUUCUUGGACUUACAUUUCAAACCUGUGCACCCAAUUCUUUUCUUAGUUGUCAGUGUCAUUAAAGAUGUAUGCUGUACAAUCAUUCCACCCUGGAAAAAAAGAGCAGUUCAAAGAAAUCAUUAAAAUCCCCAAAUUACCAUGACAUUCAUUCCCAUGAUGAGUGUAUAUAAUCUGAAUUAUACUGACACACAUCCACUGAUGAGUAAUGGCGUGUUUUGUAUACCAAAAAUCGUCUGUUUCAAGGUUGUAAUUUUCAUAAUUACAUUCUCUUAAAUGUGGUUGUAGUGGGUAAGCUAUCAGCCGAUCAUCAUGCAGCAGGAAACGAGUCAUAGAAUAACAGGACUCACAGCACUGUGGCCAAGCCUCAAAACUCAACAACAGCACGGGGAGACGAUCAAAACUCGGCAUGUUUUUGUUUCUUCUGAGACCACCGGGCUACAAAUCACAGCUAUUUGUCAGAUAAUCCUGUAUCUCAAAACUGAUAUUGUACAACAUGACACAGACUACUCACUCUGUGUCUUAUAGUUUAAAGGAUCAUCAAGGUUUUUCCUGCCCUUUGGAAGUUUUUGCCAAUAACCAAAGGAAAAUCCCUUUCUCCUUCCUAAUGCGGUCAUAAAAUCAUUUACUAACUGGUUCUAUUUAUUAGAGUUUCAGCGUAAUAGACAUUUUGCUUGUCAUGUGGUCAGACCUACAGGACAAUGCAUCAAUUUCUUCUAAAUAAGGCUGAUUAUGAGUCAGCCAUAGUUCUAAUAAUGUUGGAGUCCACCCACUGUGGCUUCUAUAGCGAUGUUAUCAUAUUUUAAGAAGGCUUUCUAUAAGCGAUGGGGAAUCACCACUGGGGUUUGUAGAUGUCGAGCCCAAAGGAAAUGGGAGGUCAAGCAGGCAGCAGUAAUGCGUCCAAACCUUACUCUCUGGCUCUGAUCCCAUACUUAGAAAACGCAUCCUUCCCCCUGUUUCCGCCCUUAAGAUCAUAUCAACCAUCAAAUUAAGAGUGUUUAAAAAAAACAUAGCUGUCACAAACUCACUUCUAGCCAGAUCAGAUUAAGCAGUGAACUUAAUGGCUUUGUGUCACAGAUACAAUAAUAAUUGACUAAAGCUUUAACAGGGAGAAUGCAUUCUUUAUGUGCUGAGCCGCGACCCUCUUCUGUGUCUCACUCGCCACUGACAGCAGCAAAAUCGCAGAGGAAACAGGAAAGGCCUGAGCAGCUUGGUGUUGGGACGGAUAUCCUCUUUUGGAGGCGUUCCCCCUCCUCCCUCACUUAACUCUCCUUCUCUUUAUCUCUUUUUAUCGUUUUUCUCCCCUUAGCCCUUGUCGCACUCUGUGUGGCAUUAACAGUUUGGCGGAGCUCAGAAGCGUACCGCAAGGUUUUUGCUCCUCUGUAGAUUAUUUGGGACGUCAAAAUCCGAGGGAAUUAUGUGUUGGCAUGGUGACGAGGAGGAUGAGGACAGCUCUGAGAGUGACCCAGGCGGGCUGUCGGUUCUGGAGCAGCUUGGUCUGGACCAAAACUCGGACUUCUCGGACUCCAGUGUUCAGCAGCUUCUGGAUGAGCAGCGGGAAAGGAUCCGUAGGGAAAUUCGCAAGGAGCUGAAGAUCAAGGAGGGAGCCGAGAACUUGCGCAGAGCGACGACUGACAAGAGGAAUGCACAGCAGGUGGACAGUCAGCUGCGCUCUUCAAACCGCAAGUUGGAGAACCUGCAUGCUCAGCUGCAGGAACUGGACGCUCAUAUUGUGGUGAAGGGAGGAGAAGAGAAUCGAGAUGAGUGUCCUCAGUCUCCGGGGGCUGAGAGUCGUACGUCAGCCCACAAGGAACGCAUCGCAGCCCUGGAGAGACAGCUCAACAUUGAGCUCAAAGUCAAACAGGGAGUUGAAAAUAUGAUCCCUGUUUACUCCAAUGGAUCCACCAAGGAUAAGAAGAUGCUGCAGACGGCACAGCAGAUGCUUCAGGACAGUAAGACCAAGAUCGACAUCAUCCGCAUGCAAAUUCGAAAAGCUGUUCAGGCCACGGAGCAUAAUGACGACACACAGGGUAACCAAGACGUGUGCGGGAUGGAGCUGCGUAUCGAAGAGCUGAGACAUCACUACAGGGUGGAGCAUGCUGUUGCUGAGGGGGCCAAAAACGUCCUCAGGCUCCUGGGGGCCAGCAAAGUUCAGGACAAGAAAGCUCUGUCUGAGGCACAGUCUCGUCUGAGCGAGGCUUCCCAGCGUUUGGACCUGCUGAGAGAUUCUCUUGACCAACGCCUGGCAGAGCUGCCAGAGGACCAUCCAAAGGCCAGCAUCAUCAAAGAGGAGCUGGUCUUGGCCUCCUCACCUGCCUUCAGCUCCCGCCACGGCGCCCCCUACCUUCAAAACCAGUAUACUACCCUCAGCAAGCCAUCGCCUCUCACUGGUACAUUACAAGUGCAGCUGCUGGGCUGUGUUGGGUUACUAGAGGUGGUCCCAGGGCGCAAUAAAGGGACACCUCUCAUGCUGCCCUGCUACAGCCCCGGAGACACGCGGUCCUUCAUGAGGGGCAGCAAGGGGCUCUACGGACGCAGUGGCUCCGUCAGCGGGAAGACGCCAAGCAAGACAGAGGAGCUCUCCUCUGAGGUGAGUGCGGUGCUGAAGCUGGAUAACACAGUGGUGGGUCAGACUGCUUGGAAGACUGUGGGAGAGCAGGCCUGGGACCAGACGUUCACUGUGGAGCUUGAAAGGUCGAGGGAGAUGGAGAUCGCAGUUUACUGGAAGGACUACCGCUCGCUGUGCGCUCUUAAGUACCUGAAGCUGGAGGAGUUCCUGGACAACCAGAAGCACAGAGUUCAGCUGGAGCUGGAGCCUCAGGGCCUGCUGCUGGCUGAGGUGACCUUCUUUAACCCGGUUAUUGAGAGAGUCCCGCGCCUGCGGAGGCAGAAGAAAGUCUUUUCUAAGCAACAAGGCAAGGCGUUCCUCCGGGCUCGUCAGAUGAACGUGGAUAUCGGAACGUGGGUGAGGCUGCUUCGAAACGCCAUCCCCACCGUCAACAACUCAGGAACCUACAGUCCCAACGCACAAAGCCUCACACUCAACUCUGGGGAGAUCUCAGUGGAAAAGUUGAGUCUGGACAGCGACUCUCCAAUAAGAGGCGAUUACAAGAGAGACAUGGACAUUAACACUCCAGUGAGACCGAUGGAGCGAGAGGAAACCCGGGAGUUAGGGGAGGACCAACAUCUAGUCAUCGAUCCCCUCUCCCCCCGAGGCCUCGCCCCUGAGUCCCCUGUCCGAACCCAUUCAGUUAGCAGCAAGCAGAAGAAAGGUCCGCUGUCCCUCCAGGACUUCAGGCUCAUUGCUGUUUUGGGUCGUGGACACUUUGGGAAGGUGUUAUUGUCCGAGUACAAGAAGACCGGCACGAUGUAUGCCAUCAAAGCCCUGAAAAAAGGAGAUAUCGUUGCUCGGGAUGAGGUGGAUAGUCUGAUGUGCGAGAAGCGCAUCUUUGAGAUCGUCAACAUGUCGCACCAUCCCUUCCUGAUCAACCUGUUUGCGUGCUUCCAGACACCAGAGCACGUGUGUUUUGUUAUGGAGUACACAGCAGGAGGCGACCUGAUGAUGCACAUCCACACAGACGUCUUCACAGAGCCACGGGCCGUGUUUUACGCAGCCUGUGUGGUUCUCGGACUUCAGUUCCUCCACGACCAUAAGAUUGUGUACAGAGAUCUCAAGCUCGACAACCUGCUGCUAGACACAGAUGGUUAUGUGAAGAUCGCUGACUUUGGACUCUGCAAAGAAGGAAUGGGUUUUGGUGACCGGACCAGCACCUUCUGUGGGACUCCGGAGUUUUUAGCCCCCGAGGUCCUGACAGACACGUCUUACACCAGAGCUGUAGACUGGUGGGGCCUGGGGGUCCUCAUCUAUGAAAUGCUGGUGGGAGAGUCUCCUUUCCCAGGGGAUGAUGAAGAGGAGGUGUUUGACAGCAUUGUGAAUGAUGAAGUCCGCUACCCACGCUUCCUCUCCACUGAGGCUAUUGGCAUCAUGAGGAGGCUGUUAAGGAGGAACCCAGAGAGAAGGUUGGGAUCUGGUGAGAAGGAUGCAGAGGAGGUGAAGAAGCAGCCAUUUUUCAGAAGCAUGGACUGGGAGGCGCUGCUGCAGAAGAAGUUGCCCCCUCCCUUCGUCCCGUCCAUCGGCGGCAAAGAAGACGUCAGUAACUUUGACGAGGAGUUCACCACGGAACCUCCGACGCUCACGCCUCCACGUGAGCCCCGUGCGCUCUCCCGCAAAGACCAGGACAGUUUCCGGGACUUUGACUACGUCUCUGACCUCUGCUAGUGGACCCGAAGCCAACAGAUCUCGAGGAACGUUGGAUUUCGACGACUUCGUGACAGUUUCAGCCAGAGCACAGAGAUAUGUCUCAAGCUGACUGUCCGUGCUCGUCUGUCGCUUCUUGUUACACUGUGAAUGAAUGAAACUGAAGACGAAGAGACUGUGUUUUGUGUGUCUGCAGAGUUUUAAAGAGCAUGGACUGAGCAAAUGAAAGCCUGGACAGAAAUUAGUUGGGGUUAUAAUGGUUUAUCACAAACAAAGGCCCCCCUUUCCAGUCAUUGUACGAAACUGCAGUGGGUUUUGUAUCUUGCAGACUUUCGUCUUAGUCGUCUUAGACGUCUUAGACGUCUCGGCAGUCGCCAGUGCAGCUGUGAGAGGAGGAGCUUGCUGUAUUUUUGUACUUUUGACUGUUUAGGGGUUGCUCAGUGGCCUCUCAUACCAAUGCCUUACAUUUAUACUUGUAUUUGUUCCACAGAAAAAAAGCAUUUUGUUUUACUUUGUGGCCCUUUGUGUACAGCAGCAGGGCGAGGAGGGAUACAGUGUGCUGCAGAAACUCCUCUAUGUUUUUGGAAGAGAAAAAAAAGACACUCAGAGCUGAUACCCAUCAGUCUUUUGACUGCUUUUAGGUGUAUUAUUAGUUAACUAAUGGGUAAAGAACCACUGUCCUGCUUCGCUGCAGUGGACCUUCCUUUGGAUGUCCACCAACUACUUUUUAAACUUGGGUUGCUCGGAUUUUACAAGAGCAGUUGACUCGUCCUUUUUAGUUGAAUGUUUGGGUUUUAGGAAGAAUUUGAUAUAAAUGUGUAGCACACACACACACACACACACACACACACAUAACCGUCAGCAUAAAAGCUUUGAGGAAAACAUUUAUUAUUCCAAAAGCAAAAAUCUGAACACUAAACUGUGAUGUACAAGUAAUAAACUGCUCUUUAUGGGUUUGGAGACACGUUCAUCCAGUCACCUGAGUGCUACCAGAGUUUUGUGAACAUGAAGUAAGUGAUUUCCCUCCGAGGCGAUUAAAUCUUUAACCUCACUGGCUGUAAAAGUUGUUUUAGUGUCUGUUUUCGGCGCUUAAGCCCUGACAGGUUACGCUCUGGCUGCUGCGGUCGCUGUGGCGGUUUCCGAAACUUGUUGAUGUCUAAGUACUUGUGGAAACUCUGCGGGGCGCCAUAAGCAAAACAAACAUGAGCUGCUUUUCCACAGUAGAGCCAAUUAGAGAGGCGAGAGCUGGCGUAGACCUCUGGUAAUACCUUUGAUGAUAUCUGUAGGAAAACCAUGAGCCAACAGUGAAAACCUGUGUAACACACAAGAGCAGUGGUUUGUUGUUAAGAUGUAUGUGCGGUGGUGUGGAUUUUACCUGUCUUGUGUACAACAGUACAGAACCAUGUGAGUAUGAGAUGACAUAUUUUAUAAAGAAAACCGUGAGUGAA